AUGGAACACAACAACGUGCCAGACGCCUCACUCGUCCCCCCGGUAGUCGAUGAGGCCGAACUUAUUGGCAACUCGAGCGCCGACAUUCCCGUGUUCGAGGCAGAGCCCGAAGAAGAGCUGAACCUGUCACUCCACGCCGCAGGGCAGCAGGGACUCGUCAAUGGAGAAGCCAGCGGGCUCGCAAACCAAACCGAACCUCCACUGACUUUCUCGUCGCGUCCUGGUCUCCAGCGAGGAACCUCGGCUCCUCAUCCCGCACCACUACACUUGCCUCCUCCAGUUCCCAGUGCCCCGCCGCCAGAUGCCCCGCCAACCGACUCGCUCUCCCUGUCGCAGCUGCAGAACCUCGUCCGAGAGGCACCCAAAAGCGAGCCCACGCCAUACGCCUUCACAUACGAUGACGCGUCAUCUUUUGAGGAAGAGUUGGAGGAAUGGUUUUCGUACGCCGUCGAGGAACAGGCUAUGCUGCUGAAGGCGCAAGCGUCGUUUGCGCUGGAGUGGACCGCUUUCAAUGGCCUGAACGAGACAUCAUACACGGAAGGAGGACUGGAUUGGAACAGGUCAGACAGGUCCCAACACAAGAACUUCUUAGAGCAUCUGCUCGAGGAGAUUAAGCAGACGGACCCUGUCUCGAGGCUGAAGACGCUUGAGGCGUUAGUGUACGUUCUCCUGGGCUGCUGGCACGAAACCGCUGGACGUCCUUCUCCCAGCGUAAACGGCGAGCCAACAUCAGGACGAAGCUCGAGUGCACACAACACAUCCGCUGCAGCUUAUGACAAGUCGGGUCAGCAGGCAUCGUUGAUUCGACAAAACGUCUUGUUACUGGCCGAGAGUAACGGUAUUCAGACCCUUGUCGACGUACUGCGCUCGUCAUGUCUGAGGGCCUGUGGUGUUGACGUUGUACCGGAUGCUCCGCGCGAAGGCAAAGAAGCGGAGCGCCGCGAAGUCUGGUGUGCCAUGACGGCAGUCUACGUGGUUUUGGAAGUUGCGCGUACACAAGAGAAGGCAGAGAGCGACUUCAGCCUCAGAAGCACCAUCCUGUGUCUUGAAAAACCUGGCCUUCUUAUGUUGCUUGUUGAAUUGAUAUCGAAAUUGCGAUGGGAUGAGUCCAUCACCCUGCCCCUCAGCAAAGUCUCCUUGCUUCUAUGGAAAACGGUUCUGGUAUGCUUUGGCGGCAUUGCUGAAGCUGAGAAGGCGAAAGACUCUUUCAAAGACAAGACGCUCGAGUCUGCGGAUGUCAGAGGACAGCCCAUCAUCACUGCAUCGCCUCUCGAUUACCAUCUUUUUCGACAGGAGAUCAGCUCAAAAUACCCAGCCUACAACCCUCCGCCUCCAUUCUUUCCUCUCGAACCCGAAAACAACUCCAUCCUCCCACCCCUGAAAAAUCACCCAAAUAAAGUAGCUGGCAAUCAUGUUUUCGGAUCUGGGCUUGGGGAUCUGAGUGGAAAUAUCAAUUCGAUUCUCCAUCAACCUGUUCACAUUGCGACUCCAGCGCCAUCGCCUCCUCCCUCGCCGGCAGGUCCAGGUGGUAAGGGCGGAAAGAAGCAAAACUAUCAGACGAACCAGAUGUUUCCAUUCCUAUAUCCUCCACUAGAUGAGUCGAGCAACAAACUAGGGGGCAAGGGGUCCACCGAUUUGCAAGACUUACUCGUUGGACGGAAGUGGGAAGGAUCUGAUAUUCCAGCCUCGAUCCUAGAAGCUGCUGAUCUGUUUGCAACGCGCAUGAGGGCUACGCGCGCUAUGAAGCAGCUCUGGGAAGAACGCGUGGCUUUCAUGAAAUAUGAGCGAGGCUGGAUGGGGGCAGACGAUGACAACGAUAUCGAUCAUUUGUCUCUGGAGCCGAAGCAAAACGUGCCCAAGAAAGACCCUCAUCCAACAGGAAGUGUGCAGGAGAGGAUGGAGCUUGUAGAAGAGUUCUAUCGUAAUGCGUUGCCCAAUCUACAGUCUAUGAUCAUCGUACUGAUCAAAGCCAUCCUGUCACAUGUUACUGCGCUUGUUACUCAGUCAAGUGGGGCCAACGGCCUGCAGAGCGGUUUCCAAUACCAAGACAAUCAAACCGGAACGACAAACGGAAGACCCGACAUGAACGGAGUCAAUGGUCACGGUCGCACUGUAGCUACGAAUGAGGAGCUGGAUGCUAUGCGCACUCAGGAAGUCCUUGACAAAUCAGUCACUGGAACACUCAUUCUUAUCUUGAAGUGGUUCAAGGUUUCUCACAUCCUGAAGUUCGAGUACAUCACGCAGCUACUCGUUGAUUCUAGUUAUGUGCCUCUGAUUCUGAAGUUAUUGCAGCUGCAAGAGAUUGAGAAGAUUGUCAAUUUCAAGAGUGAGCAAGAGGAGCUGAAUUUCUUCAACUUUUGCCGAGCUCACUCGCGAAAUGCACUGGAGGAGGAAGAGGAAGAGAAGGUAGAGACUAAGCAGGAUGCCGACUCGGACUCGGACGAAGCAGUCCCACCUCCCAUUCGCAAGUUACGGGAGGAAAACAGGGCCGACUCCGAAACCGAUCCCUCGCGUCUACCAAUAGUGUCGCAGCCUCCAGAAGUGGAUGAACUGGGAUUUCCCACAAACGAGCUACCCAAAGAACCCAUCACAAACUUCUCCUGGAGGGCAUUCUUCACCUCGAUCAACUAUCUGCGAAUUAUGCAGAAGAUCUGCAAGAACAAAGCACACCGCAACCUCAUGCUUGUGUCGUACAAGUCGUCCCAAUUUCUUCGCAAGAGCUUGAAGGUGCCGCAACCAGAACUUCGUCUGUACACGCUCAAGCUGUUCAAGAAUCAGGUUCCCUAUUGUGGCAGAAAGUGGCGACAGUCCAACAUGCGAGUUAUCACUGCAGUAUAUCUGCACUGCAGACCGGAGCUCCGAGACGACUGGCUAGCCGGUAGCGACGUCGAUGCUGAAGUCGACGAGAGUGUGCCACUCGAACAGGCCCUACGCUCAUUGACACACUGGCACAAUCUGAAGCGCUACCCCGAGAGUCUAGGCGCGAAGCCCGGCAUCUUGGAGGAAGAGCACGACUUCUUCCGCAACGAGCUCGAGAAGAUGGAUUGGGGCGAUGAGCUUGCAAACGACGCCAACUACGAGCAGGGGUGGCAGGAUCUGCAGGUCGAGGGUUGGUGA